CGAGUACUGUUCCUUUGGCUGUAUAUAAGCAAACAAACACAGUCCCAAAUCAAAGCAACUCUAGUACUGAAAAUGAAAACCUUUACUCUUCUGCUUCUUGCGUUGUACGCAUUGUCCGCCUACGGUGCGGACGUCUACGUCCAUAUGAUGCCAUGGUUCGAAACCAAAGAAAGCAAUGGUGGUACUUGGGGCAUCCACUGGACUAUGGCUAACAGAAAUCCAGAUAACGUAGUCGAUGGUAAACAAGACAUCGCUUCGUAUUACCAUCCAGAAAUCGGGGCUUACGCUUCAAGCGAUCCUGAUGUCAUCGACUGGCAGACAGGACACAUGAAGACGGCAGGAAUCAAAGGAAUCUUUUUGGACUGGCCAGGUACCACCGAGGCCUUCGAUUACCCCAAAAACAGACAAAACGCUGAAGCCAUUAUUGACGGAAUCGACAGGGCUGGACUCCAAUUCGCUGUAGUAUAUGAAGAUAACAACUUGAAUCUCGCUGGAGUAGGCGAUAAAAUCGGUCAAGGUACCGCCGAUAUGAACUAUGCUCAGAGCAACUAUUUUAGCAGGGGAAGUUAUGUGCAUCUGAAUGGUGCUCCGCUACUCCUCGAUUUCGGACCUCAGGCACUGUUUGACGAUAACUGGGACAACAUCUUUGCUCCUCUUGACCCCAAACCCACGUUCUUGACGUUGUGGAACCAACAUCAACAAGGUGGUAGCUUCGUGUCUGGGGAGUACGCCUGGGUUUAUUCCAACUAUUUGGAUGGUCUUAAUAACUGGUACAAUUUCCAAGAUGUACCACUUAAAGUAGGUGUUGCUUAUCCCGGAUUUAAUUCAUUUUAUGAGGCCGGUGGUUGGCCAGGUCCAGGUUUUACCAUUGACUAUAGUACUACUACAUUCCAAGACACUUUCAAUUUGGCUCUCCAGCAUACCGAUGUAAUACAGAUUUGCACGUGGAAUGACUACGGAGAAGGUACUGUUGUGGAACCGACACUAGAAUAUGGUACACAGUUUUUGGACAUCAUCCAGAGCGCUACUGGUACUAAAUACACUCAUGAAGAUUUCGAAGAAGUUACGGAAAUUUAUCUGUUGAGGAAACAGCAUGCUAAUAAUGCCACAAUGCUCGAGCAUCUCAAACAACGGCACCACGACCUCAUGCACAAGUUUGACUAGGAAUUGUUUCUGCAGUCUUGGUGGUUAAUUUAGAAGUAGGGAACUAUUUUUUUACCAGCGUGUGGAUAUUUUUUGUCACAUUGUUGAAUAAAAUUUUACCUUGUACAAUUUAACAAAA